AUGUCGUUGGACAGUGUAUACCAUGUGGAUACCUGUACAUACGACGAAUACAACUUGAAGUACAACACUAGUCUCAGCCAGGCCUCACAGACAUGGCAGAAGUCGCACCAGCACCCGCCGGCCAAGGCACCCAAGAAGAAGGCAGCAGCCAAGCCCAAGAAAGCGGAACCCAGCGUAGGCGAGCUCAUCGUCAAGGCUGUGUCCGCCUCCAAGGAGAGGAGCGGCGUGUCCCUGCCCGCGCUCAAGAAGACGCUGGCGGAAGGCGGCUACGAUGUGGAAAAUAACAACUCCUGCGUCAAGAUCGCAGUCAAGAGCCUCGUCACCAAGGGCACCCUGGUCCAGACAAAGGCCACCAGUGCAUCCGGCUCCUUCAAGCUCAACAAGAAAGCCGUUGAGGCGAAGAAGCCUGCCAAGAAAGCCGCAGCCCCCGAAGCAAAGAAGGUGGCCGCCAAGAAGCCCGCCGAGGCGAAGAAGCCCAAGAAAGGUAACAGCCAAGAAGGCCGUCGCCGCAAAGAAGCCGCCAAGAGCCCCAAGAAGGUGAAGAAGCCCGCCGCAGCGGCCAAGAGCCCCAAGAAGGCUACCAAGGCAGCCAAGCCCAAAGCCGCCAAGCGCAAGGCAGCCAAGGCCAAGAAGGCAGCCCCCAAGAAGAAGUAA